AAUGAGCCGCAACCUUAUUGUUGGGAAUGUACAAAUAAGAUUGGAGGAAUAAAAAUAUCCACAAAAAUGAUGGACGCCUUGUCAGUAGUCACACAGCUGCGGGACUUGGCAUCAGAACCACAGAAUCGGGAGGCUAUUGUUCAGGACCAGGGCUGCCUUCCAGGUCUAGUGCUGUUCCUAGACCACAAAGACUCCAAAGUGCUCUUUGCCACUCUCCAGACUCUGCGAUACCUGGCUGAAUCACCCCAAAAUAUCAACACCAUGAAAAAUGAGCUUGGCAUGAUGGUUAGCCUGGAGUCGCUGAUGAAGAGGAGUGCAAUGACAACAGAUAUUACAGACCUUGCCAAAGAGGUGUAUGAUGUGUUGAGUGCUCAAACACCGAGACAGGCAUGUCAGACUCCUGAGCAACAGAGGAGGACGAACAAACCCCAGUUCUUUAUCAACAGCACCAACAAGAAAGCAAAAUCGGUUACUCUGCACAUACAAGGCUUAGAUGGGGCAGAUCAGAGAGGUGUCUGUGAAGAGGCACUUUUGAAGGUGAAAGGUGUGAUCAGCUUUACAUUUCAGAUGGCUAUGAAGAGAUGCACUGUUCGCAUCCGUGCAGACCUGCCCACCGAGAGUCUGGCCACUGCCAUUGCUGCCACCAAAGUGCUCUCAGUCCAGCAGGUAGUGAAAAAUGAAAGUGGAGAGGAGGUUUUCAUCCCACUGCACACCUCUGGCGCAAAGGUAGAAGAGAAUUCAUACCUGCCGGAUUACCUGCCAGAGGAUGAGAGUCCUGAGAAAGAGCUGGACCGCGCCGUGUCCCGUACCGGUGCCAAACAGGACACUAGUGGAAGCUGGCUGAACACAGCAGCCAGUUUCCUUACUAAAACCUUCUACUGGUAAAGCUUGUCAUAAUGAUGACAGCAGGCCCUUCCUGCUUUGUCCUCAACCACUGUUCAACAAGGUAGAUUGGCCUAAAAGAGCAACUUGGAUCAUUAUCAGAGCUCAAAUCUCUAAGGAAAUUCAAGGGACUUGCUACAGAAGAGGUCAUUAAGUUCAGUUGAUUAUAACCUUUCACACAAAAUAUGCUUCCACAUGACACAUGAGAUCACAGCUGCAUUACAGCUGUCUGAAAGCUGUUCAUUUUGAGCCCAUGUUGUAAUUUUUUUUUUUACUGUCACCAAAACAGGACUUUCCUUUCCUCCCUCUCUAAGGGAUUAGAAAUGUUCCUUUCUGUUUCUGUGUUGUCAAGUUUUGUCUGUUUCUUUCCACCUGAUUUGUUGCAAAUGUUGACGUUUUGAUGUGUUUAUAGGUGGAAAGUUUAGCUCUUGAGUCUUCUCAAGAAGAUGGAAACAAUUGAAGAAGAACAAAUGCAUAUUUAAUGCUAAUUUUGGGAUAAAAUAAAGGUUAGGAAGGAAAAGGCUAUAUUGGUUAUUCUCUCUAAAAAAAUUGUUUUAUUUUUUUUUAAAAAUCUAAAUACCUGAUUUUAGUUUUAAGAUACAAUAUGGAGAAAAUUACUUGCAUAUAUAUAUAUAUAUAUAUCUUUUUUUUUUUUUUUUUUUUUGCCCAUACCAAAUAAUUUUGUAUUUAGUUAUAAUUAAUCAAUGUACAGUCUUUAAUUUAGUUAUAAUAUAAGGUUUAUUGAUACAAGUGGACAGUAUGUAGCUUGAGAGGCUUUACAGGAUAAAAGUUGGAAACUAAAUGACAUAUUUUAGUUAAACUGCAGACAUGAAAGCAUCAUGCAACUAAAUUUUACAGUAAGUAUUUAUGUAACAUACAUUAAACUUUUUCAUUCAAAAAGCAGGUUGAGAAACGUAUGGAAACAUGUUGAGGUAUCAUUUUGUUUAGUCAUUACUAACACUGAGAAAAUGUUCAAUAUGUUUACAAAUGCAACAGCAGAAAGUGAAGUGUGUUGGGAGUUUAGCAAAUUUAUCACGUUUUCUCCUUGCAGUUCCUGAAAUUGCCACUAAUGUCACAGAUUAGCUCUCAAAAUCAAAAUCGAUGCAUGAAGACCUACACUGCCAUUCAAAAGUUUGGACACAUCUACUUAUUAUCUACUUAUUUAAUAAGUAAUUAAAACUAUGAAAUAACACAAAUGGAAGUAUGAGAAUUCUAUAGUGACCAAAAACAUUAAACACUUUGGGUUCUUCAAAGUACCCAACCUUUGCCUAGAUUACAGCUCUAAACUCUAGAUAUUCAACCAACUGCAUGAGAUAUCCUGGAAUGCUUUUAAAACCAUAUUGUGCCCAAAUCUUGACUGGUAGUGUAUUUCAUUUCCAUGUAGUAAUGCAACUAUUACAUUAACAGUACAGUCUAAAAGAUAAAGCUUUUACAUUUCAAACUGAGAGCAUGAAUUUGUAUGACUAUGAAUAUGUCAUGGCAGAAUAUACAUGUAUAAUAAAUAUAUGAAAAUAUAUGUUUAGAAUAUAGGUAUCUAAUAAAUAUAGGAAAAGCAAUAACAAUAAAUAAUUACAAAAAAUAAUAACUUCAAAUAAAACUGUCUUUAAAAAUCAUAAAUCCAAAUAUGUCAUUUAAAUGACCAACAAAAAAAAAGCAGUCUCUGACAUCAAUGAGUGGUUGGGUAUGUCAGCAAUCUGCUACACUUUCAAAUGUAGAUGGACAUCAUGAAUA